AUGUCUCUCGACCCGCGCGCACUCGAAGACAAGGCCAAGAAGACCCUCCAGAGCGCAUCUGGAGGCUUCAGCUUCUUCAGCAACAAGGAGGAUAAAUACCAAAAUGCCGCCGAUCUCUACGUCCAGGCAGCCAACGCAUACAGGUUGGAGAGGAUGAGCCAGCAAGCGGGAGCUUGCUUUAAAGCGGCAGCCGCGAUUCAAAGAGACAAGCUAAACGAGCCAGACGAUGCGGCAAACAUCAUGAUUGAUGCGUUCAAGGUGCUCAGGAAGGAAUACCCCCAAGAAGCCCUGGAGUGCGUCAGAGCGGCCAUCGACCGGUACGUGCAGAAGGGCAACUUCCGGCGGGCGGCAUCCCACAUGGAGAACGCGGCCGAGAUGCUGGAGGUUGAAUUGAACGACCGCGUCCAGGCCAUCGAGCUGUACGACAAGGCCGCACAUUGGUACGAGGAGGACGGGGCAAAGGCCCUGGCGAACAAGCUCUGGCUGAAGGAGGCCGACCUCCAGGCGCUCGAAGGCAACUACUACGAGGCGGUGAAGAAGUUCGAGUUGGUGGCCAACUCGUCGCUCGACAACAACCUAAUGAAGUAUUCGGUCAAGGACUACUGGCUCAAGGCGGGCCUCUGCACCUUGGCGACCAAGGACCUCGUCAGCGCCCGCCGCAGCCUGCAGACGUACACCGACAAGGACCCGACGUUUGCCGGUCAACGCGAGUGCCAGCUUCUCGCCGACCUGAUCGAGGCCAUUGAUGCUGGGAACCUAGAGGUCUUCACCGACAAGCUUUAUGCGUAUGAUCAGAUGAGUCGACUGGACAAGUGGAAGACAGAGAUUCUUAUGAGGAUCAAACACCAGAUCGAGGAAGCGGAUAAUGAGUUCGCUUGA